GCGGCGGCGGGGACGCGCUGGAGGAAAGAUGGAAGACUUCCAGGCUUCCGAGGAGACUGCAUUUGUUGUUGAUGAAGUGAGCAACAUUGUAAAGGAGGCUAUAGAAAGUGCCAUUGGUGGCAAUGCCUACCAGCACAGCAAAGUCAAUCAGUGGACCACAAAUGUCGUAGAGCAGACUCUGAGCCAACUCACCAAGCUGGGGAAGCCAUUUAAAUACAUUGUGACCUGUGUGAUUAUGCAGAAGAACGGAGCUGGGUUACACACUGCAAGUUCCUGCUUCUGGGACAGCUCCACGGAUGGGAGCUGCACAGUGCGAUGGGAGAACAAGACCAUGUACUGUAUAGUCAGUGCCUUCGGACUGUCCAUCUGACCUCGCCAGCCCGCACCUCCCUCCCGUCUCAGCCUUUCUGUUUCUUCUUACCACGAGCUACGAGCUGGGCGAACACCUUCCUCCUCUUUGUGUUUUGUGGCACUUUCAAAAUGUAGAGAAAUAAACCAAAUGACCCCACGGUCACAGGAACCAUACAGCGUCGUCAGGCAGAUGAGCAGCCACCUGUCACCUGAGGCUGGCCGUGCCACUUGUAACUCUGUCUCUUUUCAAAGGUGCUAAAAACCGAAGCCUGCUAGGAGGAAACUUUCUCUGCUUCCUGAAAUGAUUCAGAUACACUAAUUUUCCAUACUUUAUACUUUUGUUAGAACAAUAAAUUAUUCAAAAUUAAA